AUGUGGUGUGCUCUGAGCGCUGCUGCUGGAAGGAGGCAAGCUCCGAAGUCUGGACAUGGCGAGUGCAGGGUCACUGCCCACAAGGAGGAGAGGGAGCUGGGCAGCAGGAGCUUGAAUGGGGAGUCUGGACAUGGUGAGUGCAGGGUCACUGCCCACAAGGAGGAGAGGGAGCUGGGCAGCAGGAGCUUGAAUGGGGUGUCUGGACAUGGUGAGUGCAGGGUCACUGCCCACAAGGAGGAGAGGGAGCUGGGCAGCAGGAGCUUGAAUGGGGAGUCUGGACAUGGUGAGUGCAGGGUCACUGCCCACAAGGAGGAGAGGGAGCGGGGCAGCAGGAGCUUGAAUGGGGUGUCUGGACAUGGUGAGUGCAGGGUCACUGCCCACAAGGAGGAGAGGGAGCUGGGCAGCAGGAGCUUGAAUGGGGAGUCUGGACAUGGUGAGUGCAGGGUCACUGCCCACAAGGAGGAGAGGGAGCUGGGCAGCAGGAGCUUGAAUGGGGAGUCUGGACAUGCUGCCGCCACCGCCGCCGCUGCCGCUGCCCCUGCCCCUGCCCCUCUCCUGGCCCGUGGCUGCCGCCACCUCUGGGGGCCUCGAGCCAAGUGGAGGACGCCGUGGAACAUGAGCCCCGUUGUCUCGCUGGUUGCCAAAGGCUCCGGCCGGCUCGGCCAUCGCACCCCCACACUCCGGGCACACCGCCGCCGCCGCUGUGCUCCUCCUGCUCAGGCCGGGCCACCUGCCUCUCCCACCUGCCACCCCAAGCCCCCCUCUCCUGCCCGCCAUGCCCUGGUCUACACCGAGGUGAACAGCCUGAGUCAUGCCCGACAACGAGACCCCGGCCAACAGCGCUCCCGAGACGUGGAGACACACAACACAAAAAUCAACUUUUCAAAACUUGGUAAGGAGUUUUGCGAAACUUUUAAAUUUCCCGCGGGAUGCCCAGCCAUCUCCAUCUUGGCUUUAGGAGGAAAUGGGCGGGCCAUGGCUUCAUUAUAGGCUUUCACGCGGCCGGCGCCAUCUUAGGUUCGGGCAAAGAGGCCCCGCCUCCUGAGCGCCGGGAAGCCAUCUCUUCACACGCUCCCUCCCCCUUUCCCAAGCUGCUUUUCCAUGCUUCCUUCUGACUAUUUCCAAGCUCUCUCUUCCUGAUUUCUAUACACUCUCUCUUGCAUUUUAAAAUGCUUUAAAUCCCUUAUCUAAUGCUUUAUAUAACCUUCUCAUUGGGUUUCCAUUUAUAAGUUUUAAUUGUAAUUAACUGUUUAUCUUACUCUUUUAGACCAGGCCAUAACAACCAACCUCAUUUCAAAUUGGUAUGGAUUUUUAUAAAAAUUCAAAGUUACAUUUUACUAUCUUAUGAUUAAACCCUGCUUAAAAUAAAUUUUAUAUAAUAAUAAAAUUUCAAAGUUAUAACUAUCUAUUCAAAUUAAGUUGGUUUAAUAUAUAAGACUAUUAUUGUCUCCUACUAUGUGUUGCUCAAAUAUAAUUUUAAAAUUGCUUUAUACUGUUCCACUCAGGGGUUCAUUGUUACGUACAAAUUGUUUAUCAAUAUUCUAAAUUAAGAGCUAUUGAUUUUACAGGUAUUUAUUUAUGUUAAAACUGGGUCAAUUUACAUCUCAUCUAUCAAAAGGUUAAAAUAUACUUGGUUAAUUUUAAAUUUGGUUUAUACAGUUCUGCUAAAUUAUUGGUCUUAAACUUAUAGUUCAAGGGUUCAUUAUUAUGUACAAGUUAUUUACCAAUAUUCUAAAUUAAGAUCUAUUAAUUUUUAAAAAUAUAUUUAUAUUAAAACUGAGUCAAUUUACUAUAUCUCUACUAUCAAAAGGUUAAUAUAAGCUUGGUCUUGUUCUCUUAAAAUGAUGUUAUUAAUCUGUAGUAAAGCCUUAGACUAUUAUAAGCUAUAAAAUUUUCUAUAUAUUAAAUCAUACAAAAACUCUUAUGCUCUCACUUUAAUAAAUUAUAUUCAUGGCUUUUAAGAUUCUAACUUAGCAAGGACAAUACCUAAAGUCCUAAUAUUUAAUGGUUCAGGGAUAGAGAGGAUAGAGCUGUAGUUUUGCUGCAAUCUUUGUGUGGGUCUAUCAGUUAUGUUCAGGUACUCUGAUUAGUGCUAAGUGCAAAGCCUUUGCUGUUCAAUUUUAAUGCAAGUGGUAGGAGCAGCAAGAUUUGCUAGCCUUUCUAUAAACUGUUUCUGAUUAAAAGGUUUACUUUGAUUUUAGUUCAGAAAGAGCAGUUUUAAAGUUAUGCUAACAACUGCAGUUAGUUAAGAUGUUGAGCUAUACCAGUAUCUUUGUUUAGUUUUUUUAAGGUUAAGCCUAGGACGGGUAACUAUAAAGUUGCCUUUGUAAAUCUACUUAAAAUAUGGUUCUAGAUAGCAUUCUGUUUUAUAGGACACAGUUUGGAGCAGAUAAUGAAGAUAAACAAAGAGUAACUCAGAUAUGCUGGCCCUCAGGCUUGUCAGAGAUCUGAUGAAUAUGGCAUUUUAACUGUGUAAGCUUAUUGUGACAGAAAGUCUCGAAAUCCUGGCAAUAGCUCCCCAAGGUCUCCGAGAAGAUUUGGGCACAACAACAGAUGACUGCAACUCUGGAUUGUGGUAUGCUAACCAUUGGGCAACACUGCUUCAACUGGCCCACUGCUAGGGCCCAGCCUAAACUGUGGACAAAACCGUGGACACCUGGAGAAUCAAUGUUUCACGUUGCUAAGGGCAAGGUGAGGCCAUACUCUCGUUUCUUUCUCCACAGAAACAGUCUCUCAUCUUCUGUGCCUAGCUGUACCACCUCUGCCCAUGAAGUUAUGAGACCACAGGAGCCAGGGACACUGCCUAGGUGAUGGACUAACUAGUCAUCUCUGUCAUUUUGAUUGGCACAUGAAUUGGUAUAUUUAUUUAGCUCAUAAUUUAUCCUUUUCAGGUCUCUGGUCACCUUGACGGCUAUGCUAAGCUAAUGGUAGAUUUGCAGCUAAAGAGCAGACAAUUAGAUCCACUGUUAACUCAUUGAUCAGUUUAAGAUAUAUAGCCAGAUAAAAAAUAUAGAGCUUAUGUAGGGUCUGAGGAUACAAGGAAUUUAGGCUGUAAAAAUGCAAGUUAAAAAGAUUACAAGGUUAAUAUUUCUUCCUGUUAUGCUACUUGUUGAAUUGACUGUCCAGACUUUUGACCUUUAUCAACAGAGCUCUAAUUUAUUAAUCUGACUCUGAUACAAAAACAUUCCACUAUACCACCAUUCCACUAUUAUGGUCCUAAGCUCAAGACUGUAAGCCUCCAUAAUGUAUAUGCUUAUACUAAAAGUUAAGAUCAAGUGAGUUUCCCUUUUACUUCAUAAAAGGCUUUUGCCUUUUCAGAGUUCACCUUAAAAAGUACUUAUGCUAUUAACACAAAUAUGUAUGCCUAUUGCCUUUUUCUCAAUCCACAGUACAAUUGUGAUACUAACAUGUCUAAAGUUUUAUCUCCAUCUUAAAACUUAAAAGUAAUUCUUGUAAGCUGGAGACAGUCGACCCAAAUCCACCUCUCAGGUCAAUUGGACUCCAGAUAAGUACUGCACUUACUGCCUAUCUCAAAAGGUGGGACUCCUCCCCUUUCCCUGGUUUUGGGACUUCCUUUCCUGGCUACCAGACUGCUGUUUACUGCAUGCAACCACUAGCUAGAUUGGUGAGUUCAACUCCAUUUUCUCAGCAUAAACCCCUCUCUUGGUAGGGGAAGCUUGACCACAGAGCUCUGGCAAUUUCCUACUAUCUUUUGAGAUGGAGGGACCACCCGCCCAGCCGUAGCCUUAACUGUCUAGGUUUGACCCUCUAUGCUGACCUCCAUUUUAGGGCCACACUCUCCCUUGGGUGGUACGCCCCCUCUCUAUGGUUCCUCCCCCCCCCCACUCGCUCGCCUGCUCAUGGGAAGGUCCCCUCUCGCACACGGUUCCUACUCCCCCCGCCUCUCUCUCUCGUGGGAAGACCUAACUAGGCAAACCGUCAUGCUUCAGCCAUGCCACUGGGCACCAUGCCCUGAUCCCUGGCCAAGAGAUAUUGGACAGGUAGCACCCCUCUUGCUCAGAGUCACACCUUCCCUUGGGACACCACUGGAAGUUCUUGACUUCUCUGCCCACGAUGGGAGAUGCCCAGACACCCUCGCUCCAGAUAGGAUCUCCUCUGGAGAAUUUCAGGUUUCUAUACCUAGUGCCAGCUGGCACUAGGGCCUCUAAGUUUACAUGCUUCUGUAACCAACCUCACCUCAAUGACAGAUCAAAAACAAAGCCUUCUUUAAAUAUUGCCAGUUAUUGUGUAAAUAAAGGUCCCCCCAGGUAGACAGAGGUUCCCAUGUACAAGCCUCAUCGAUCCAAACCUUUCAAUGUAUACCUACAGGAUUUUCUCUAUACUCAACUUUAUCUUUUGCCUAUAUAUGUGUUUCAGUGUCCUGCCAGACACAGAUGUUUCCUAUAGCCACACCAGCGCCAAAGCAGCUACAGGUGUUCAACUCUGACCUCAUGGACUUCCAACAAGCUGCAGGUGUUCAGCUCUGACCUCACAGACUUCCAAUAAGCUGGACCUGCACCUUCCCUCCCAGCCAUGGAUGUUCUUGCAGACCCUGGAAAGCAUCAAAGCAGCCAAUUCUUCCUGGAUUUGGUCGACACUUCAGCCUUUUGACCUCCCUACAGCGCCCCCAGUGUCAGCAGGAAGUAGCCAGAAGAGAAUCUACGCCCGUUAUUUUUGAACUCUCAGAGAUCAGCCUGCCUCUGUGUUAAAAAUCAUAAAGAGGAAGAAGAAGAAGCA